GGCGCGAUUGCCCGGCUGAAAGGAAGGUGCUCCACUUCCGGGUCAGACCCGACCCCUCUCCUCCCUCCCACCCCCCGCCGCCUCCCUCGGCCUCCGCCAUGGCGAGCAGUAGCGGCACCGGGGCCGCGGCGGCGGCGGCGGCGGCGGCGGCGAAUCUGAAUGCGGUGAGGGAGACCAUGGACGUUCUGCUCGAGAUUUCAAGAAUUUUGAAUACUGGCUUAGAUAUGGAGACUCUGUCUAUUUGUGUACGGCUUUGUGAACAAGGAAUUAAUCCAGAAGCUUUAUCGUCAGUUAUUAAGGAACUUCGAAAGGCCACUGAAGCACUAAAGGCUGCUGAAAAUAUGACAAGCUGACUUUCUAGAGAAUUCUUAAUGAGAUGUCAAACUCUGCAAGAGGAUUUGAAGAUUGAAUUGUACUCAAGAAUGUACAAUGAAAUUACUGCAUGCAGCAGUGUAGCAACAUUUUCCUUUUUAAAAGAAUUAUAAAACCAUAGCUUUAUAAAUCAAUGAAAACUGGCUUACAGAGAGGACUGUCAAAUGUGUUUACAUCACAUCUUGCUUUUUUAAACAGUGCUAAUGCUUUGGCAUUACAGUGUUCAUAUUUAUUCCUUAUUUAUAGAUCUGAUAGCUUUAAUUUUCUAAGCAGUCUAUCAGAUGUGCACAUCUGGUGAGACUGUUUGUAGUACAGCAGAACCCAUUAAUAGUAAUAUAGUAGUUAGGACUUGCUGACAUUUCCAUUAUAAACUUUAAUUUUAAAUUGUUUAUGCAAAAUAACUGUAUUUAUGUUGCAUUAGGCUAAAAGUUGACAGAAUUUCAACCACCAUUUGUGAAUUUUGAUUUAUAUUCAUUAUAUCAGAAUCAAAAACAUUUGUUCUAAUCUGUUUAACAAAAAAUGCUUAAUUUUUAAACAUAAACUUUGUCUGGCAUGAAUAGUGUGAAACAGAUCAAUUUUGUAUUGGUUGAAAAAUAAAACUUUUAGAAACUUAGAUUUUAAAAGUAAUGAUAGUACUUAGCUUUUACUUUUUAUUUGUCAAUUGAAUCAUUUAGUGAGAAUAUUAAUUGAGAAUGUUUUCCCCUUAGUUUUACACUUGAAACAUUUCAACAUGCAAAAUUCUUUUUAUGUUUAUUACAUAAAAAUAAAUUGAGUACUUACCUAAUAUAUCUUGAGUGGUUAUCUAAUAACUCAGUAGAUAGCUAUUAACAGGAACUGUCAUUCAACAUAUAUGUUACUAUUUUCUGAAGAAAUAAAGAUUUCCAGUCAUUAAACAAAAACUAAAUAAUCUAAUGUUCUGUAAUGACUUUUUAAGAUUAUUUUUGUGUGUCAUUUUACUAUAGAGUUUUAACUAAUCAGAAUUUACUUCAUAAUAAAUUUUGAUUCUGUUUCUGUAAUAGAAUCUCAAUGGAAUAUUAUUCUCAAGACUAAUGCAAAUUUAAUCUGACUUCAUUUUAGAAUUUGUUAGUUUCCAUUUAAAUGGCAGAAUAAGACAAACUGAAAUGAUUUUAGUAAAGCUGACUAAUAUUUAAAUAACAGUCUUCUGUACUAUUUUAAAAAUCUAGUCUUUUGAGUAUUUAAACAUUUUAAAUGUAUGACAUCUUCACCAAGUUUACUGGAAGGUGUAUUGGGAGGCAAGAACAUGUGAUGAGAAGUCAUUUUAUUUGCUUACAGAUACUUAUUGCAUGUUGUUAUUUAUAAAAUUAUAGAACACUUGUCAAGUUAAUAGUUAAAUUGUUUAUGACUUUAUAGAUUAAAGUUAUUUAUGAAUAAAACAGCAGGAAAAAAUAUUGAGGAAUUAUGUUUACAGAGGACUUCUUUAGUAUGUUAUGUUUCUUAAAUGUAAACAUAUUUUUAAUGCAUAUUUAAUAUUUAAAGAAACCAAAGUAAUGUUACAGUCAUAGUGUUGUGCAUGUUGUCAUUGACAAAAAUAAAACCCAUUUCGGUGGUA